AAUUUGAAAAAUUUUCAUAAGUUUAAAACAACUCAGCAAAAUCAUGAAGGGUUACAUCGUAUUACUUUUGGUCAAUCUAUUCGUAGAGAUUGAAAGUCGCGGUAUUUUGCUCAAUAAGCAUUAUGCUAAUAGAAAAAAUUAUUUUGAUAACGAAUAUUUUGAAAACGGACCAAAUCGUCGUGAAAUGAAUCUACAUGCCAAUCCUGUGGAAAACAAAGAUUUUUCGAAAAGCAACAAUAUCAAAGCGAACAUGGAAAAUUUGUAUUCCGUUGAGAAAAAAACAGAUUAUAUUUCCAAAUGUUUGACGGCCAACCAGAAAAAUUGUUACAAUGCUGUUAGAGUUGCUGGUUAUUCACAAGAAGCGUCGUUUAAUACUUGUUGUCAAUAAAUAACUUGCAUUGCAGAUUAAAAUGAAAUAAAUUUAUGCGCAAAAAGUUAAACUUUUAUAAUAAACUUUUUGUUUGUAGUA